AUGCCUAUAAAAGAUGAAUUCAAGGUAUAUUCAGCCAGAGACGUGAAGCGUUCUGUGGAAAAAACAGUUGCUAGCCAGAUCAACGUUGUAAUGGCACGACCUUUGAGCAUUAAUUCACCGUCAUUUGUUCUCAUGGCUUACGGAACAGACCAAAAGUUCAACUAUGAAUCAGUGAUGAGACGAUGGGAGUUUAUCGUGUUACGUCUUCGGCAAUUGGGUAUCGAGGUCCUCGGAUUUUCAUCUGAUGGGGACUCGCGACUUUUAAAAGCAAUGAGAAUUUCCGGCAACAUUCCUACUGAGCUGCCUUUCUUGGACGAUUUUUGUGGUUGGGAUUUUUUCAACGGAACGCUCAAGCCUGUUGUUGCUGAACAACAUAUGAACAGCAUACGAAAACACUACGCGCGUCCAGCCGGGUACAUUUAUCAGUCUCAGGGGUCCAAUAUCACAGAUCUUACUCACAAUAGAUUGCAUCCCAUCACAGGUAAUUCAUCCCCACCUGUAAUUAAUUGUGUGCAAGAUACUGUACAUAUUGGUGGAAAGUUGAAAAAUCGUCUCUUGUAUAGAGAACCGAUGACAUUGGGCGACAUACAAAUAACUUCAGCCCAUUUGCUUCAAUUAAUUGAGUCCAGCAAUGUGUCCGAGCACGGAAUAACACAGAGUGAAAUUCAGACAAAAGACCACAUGAAUUAUAAAAUUGCGGAAAAGUUAAUUGACGAAAAAUUGAUCACAGCUCUAAAAAAUAAUGUCCCCGGUAGCGAUGGCACUGUGUUUUAUCUCAACCUCAUGCGUCUGAUUAGAAAUUCUUUUGAUGCGCCAAAUAUUUCACCAAGUGCUCGUCUCUACGACAUUUGGUUUGCAUUAUUUGCUUUCCGUUACUGGAGGCGAUGGCUCCGAAAGAAUAAUAUACCUUUGGAGCGUUGUAUUACAGCAAAUGCUUAUCAGUGUAUAGAGGUGAAUGCACAUUCACUGGUCAACAUCAUCAUGCCAGGGGUCUUACAGUUUCGAACAUAUAAUGUGAUUUGUGAUCAAUGUGUCUUUUUAAUUUUACUUGAACUGUUGACAUGUUGUCAAAUGUUCUCGGUAAAACACUUGUCAUAUUAUUUACUUCAACGGGAAUAUGUACUACGCUCUUCCAUUUCAAUGAAAAGUGGAAGAGGCGGUAAACCUAAUAGUAUCUCUAAAGCAGCUGUUGGAGUCGAUCUUAUAGCACCCGUGAUUGCGAUGCAAAUAUGUCUCUGA